AGGGAGUACAACCAGAUCAACGGGUGAGAUCUCUUCUCUGCAUUCCCAAAUGUCCCUCGUCCGCCGCCGCCUCCUCUCCACCGCGGUGGCGGUUGUCGCUGCUCGCGGCCCACCGCCAGUCCGCGUCGCCUUGACGGACUCAGCCGGCCGCGGAGUCUUCGCUACCCGUCCCAUCGCCACCGGCGAGGUCCUCCACUCGGCGCAGCCUCUCGUCACCCAUCCGUCCCGCUCUCUUUUCCACGAGGUAUGCUACCGCUGCCUCAAGAGGAAAGCGGGGAAGGGCGACGACUCCAGAGGGGACUGCUACUUCUGCAGCGACGCCUGCCGGGAGCACGCCGAGGGAUUCCAUGGGAUUGAGAAGAAGGCUGACUGGUCUUUGUUAGAUGACCACUGUAGUUCACGUGGUCUGAAGUACCCAUACAUGGUCAAGCGGCUAGCUUGCAUGGUUAUAUCAGGAGAUGUCGGUGCAGAUUGUCUUGACAUUCUUCAGCCAGCCCAAUUGCACCAGGAUACAAUUAUUGAGAUGGAAGAGGAGUUCGAAUUAUUGAAGUCCACUUUUAGGAAGGCAGGGUUUCAGGAAGAACUCACCACUUUUUUGACUAAACAAUGGUACAUCAAUGUACUUGCAAGAAUACGUGUAAAUGCAUUCCGUAUUGAAUUGGUUGCAAGUUCAUAUGAGGAUCUUCUAUCCUCAGCAGUAGCCUCGGUAACAUGUGAUGCAUCAGUUGGCAAUGCUGUAUAUAUGCUCCCCUCGUUCUACAACCAUGAUUGUGAUCCAAAUACCCACAUAGUUUGGCUGGAAAAUGCAGAUGCUAAAUUGAAUACCCUUCGUGAUAUUGAUGAAGGUGAAGAGCUGCGCAUCUGCUACAUUGAUACAAGCAUGAAUGUGAACGCCAGGCAGAAGAUUCUCACUGAAGGAUUUGGCUUCCAGUGCCGUUGCCAACGGUGCUUAUCUGGGGACUAAAAUUCAUGUUUUGCCUUAGUGGUCGCUUCCCUCGACUUGUGUGACAUCAGUUUCUGCUAUGGUUCAUUGAAUUCUCAUAAGGUGGCCGACCAUGAGGACUGCACCUCUGCAUCUGAUGAAGCAAGUAGGCACCAACACUUGAAGGUUCCUCUGUCAAGAUAUGCCCCCAGUGUAAAGUGAACCAGUAGAGUCCAAAUACUAGGCAGUUUUUUAGGCUGCCCCCAAUUCUACAUGGCCUUGUCACCAUCUUGCCGGAAUUGUCGUUGACUAAGUGCUAAAGAUUGUAAGUUGACAAUGUAAGAUCAUUUGGUGUUCGUUUGAUGCCAUUGUUGAAUUUUCAGACAUGUAUUCAGUCUUGACGCAUUCUCUA